AUGGUGGGACACCAGAUAAUAGGAAUGGUACUGAUUCUACCGUACAUGUUUGGUAGGCUAAUGCUUGCCCUGGGAGCGGAUGACGAGUUCCCAUUUACGACUGUGGUUGAUAUACUUUCGCAGAACCCUGAAUUCUCCACGUUUCUCAGGCUAGUGCAGCGAACAGGACACAUUCCAACGUUGAAUGAGAUGGACAACUAUACACUAUUUGCACCAGUUAAUUCGGCAUUCAUCACUGGAAACUUCUCGGAUGCCGUUGAUUCGUUUGCGUUGGAGAACUACAUACUGGCGGAUGACGUGCUUGACGUGCAAGUAAUGGACCCGGGCACUUAUAUACUUCAAACGCAGGCGUAUCCAGUUGUAUUGCAUAAGGGGAACGAUGGCAACUGUGCCCUCAACGACGUUAUACAUGUGGUGGAUCCUAAUUUGAAGCCCAACUCUCAAAAUGCAACUGUCCAUGGCAUUGACUCGUUUAUGGCGAACCCUCCAACGUUGAGCGAAUUGGUGUCGAGGCGCACAGUUCCAAAUAAAGAAUCCAUGUUCUUCAUGAAGCAUUUGAUCGAGAAAACUUUGGAAAACAACACCAGGUUCAGCCAUCUUUUGAAUGGAUCCACUUUGCUACUGCCUACAGACAACGCAUUGUCUCAGUUCUUCAAUGAGAUCGAGUUGAGCUAUUUGUUUGACCUUGGUUCUGCAGAAUUCGAUGUCGACGAUAGAAAAGAGGAUGUGGAAGUCCUCUUGAGAAAGCUCACCGUUAAUAAAAUGGUUGGAGGUGUUAUCCACAAGGGUGAUAGUCACAUCGUGUUUAAUAAUAACGGUGAUGCAAUGGACUUGCACUCGAUCAAUAGGGGGCACGAUCUGGUUAUCAAUGGCUCCGCUGCUCUGGUGAGCAACAUGGUAUUUGAUUCUGGGAUCGUGCAUUACGUAUACAAAUUACCGCUUCUUGACUCAGGCAUAUCUUUCAACGUGGAAAAAUACAUGUUGGGUCUAAAUGCAUCGUCGUUUGUCCAAGAUUUGUACAUCAGAGGCUUCCAAGACCUAGUCACUGACCCUUCCAUUGAACAGACCAUCUUUGUUACGGAGGAUGAAUCCUUUGACAAUUCUGGAACUUCAGGUUUCUCCAAGAGUCAGUUAUUGUAUCAUUUCAUUGAAAAGAAAAUUGACUUAAACGAAGAAUUCAGUUCUUCAACUCUCUCAUCCCGGUUGUAUGAAUCCAUGUUCUGUUCCUCUAAUAAAAGACUAGGCGGUAUGUGCCAAAGAAUGAAAAUUUCGAACUCUAACGACAACUUUUACUUGAACGAAAAAUACAGUAUCUUGAAUUCACAUCCUAUAAAUGUGGAUAAUACCCUGAUUUACAUCAUUAGUGAUGCUCUUCUUCUUCCAGGGGACCUUGUUCCCUCGAUCAAUCCUUUCUUUCACUGUUCUACUACUUUGAAAUUCAUGCAACAGUUAAACCUCUUAGAUCUAAAACCAAACAACGAGGGAUACACUCUUUUUUUGCCUUGCUUUGAUUCAUGGGCUAAUAUCCAACUUAUUACCGACUAUCUUCAAACGAAUGUUUCUGCUUUGAACAUAUUAAUGAAAAACUAUGUUAUCAAUGGCUUGGUAUAUUCAGAUGAGACUAAUUUCACAUUGGACUCAACAAACCUAUUUGGGAAAAAGGUUAACAUAAAAACAAGGGAGACAGAAUAUCAAGAUGAAUAUCUAACAGUGUCUCUAUCCACGGUUGAUCAUGAUAUUGCACUUAGACGUAGUUAUGAUAUGAUCUUUAAUCAAGGUGUCGUUCAUCCAUUGAAUGAAAUAUAUUUCCCUAAAGCUUUGGAUAUUAACUUAAGACAGCUAAUAGAAACGAUAGGUACUCACGAUUUCUUGAUAUUCCUCGAAAAAUAUCCAGAAUUCAAUUCAAUUCUAUCAGGCUCUGCUCCAUACUCUUUGCUAAUCCCAACUCCAAGGUCUUUGUUGAUGGAAGGUAUUGACCUGAACUAUACUAAAUUGGAGAAAUUCUUAAAACUUCACAUUCUUCCUGAAAACCAAACAAGAAUCUUAUUGGAGUGUGAGGAUAAUGUUGAUACUAUUGCUGGAGAAUCCUUGCAAUGUAGAGAGGCAUCGGACAAUGUGCUUUUACUAAGUGUUGUGGAUGGUGUCGAUAAAGAAGUCAGAAUUUUGAAAAAAGGGUGUACUACGCAUAACCCAGAGUCUUGUAUCUUUAUGAUUGACAGGCCUAUUUCUGUACAGUGGUUGAAUAAAGAGAGAUAUCAUAUCACAUUACCAGCUCUCUCCUUUGCACUAGGUACGGUACUAGGUAUUAUGUUCUUGUUUUCGUUACUUCUUUGUGUGAUUGUCACAUGUACUCAAAGGAAGCCUUUAAAAAGUUACAAUUCUCAUCCCAACUUAGAAAAUGAGCCAGAUGAACAACAGUCGCUAGUUAAUUCAGAACGCUCAGCUGGUUUAAAUCAGAGCUCUAGUUAUCACUCUACUGUAAAUGCAGACAGAAACCAGGCACAUCACGGGCUACAUAGGUUCGAAAGCUCUUAUUCUAUUAAUGCAAAAACUCCUCCAAUGAAAAUGGGUCAGAAUUCCACAGACAAUCAUUCUAGAACUUCUCGGGCUUCAUGA